CCGAAGCCCCGAGCCUGUACACUGUGGUACCGGAGAAGGCAGCUACAGGCCAGGGUGGUAAUCUGAUGGGCUCGGCACACACAUACGACAUGUCAGGUACUUCGGGUAAACGUAAAGCCGAUGUGCUGGACACCGCCGGUGGAGAGGGUGUGGAGUUGGCGCUCGACCCGACGCAAUUGGGCGAUGAGGAGGCUAUACGAGCUGCGUAUGAAAAGAAGAUGAAG